AUUCAUUCCUUUACACUGAACAACUGUUACCAACUCAAAUUGGAUACAGCUUGGGGGCUGUGCAAUGGCUACCCCGACACAAACAAGGAACAGGUUACCCCAGAAAGCUAUGCGAAUCGAACACUUCAAGCCUCAACAGUUAUGAUUCUGGGGCUGAAGUAAUCUUCGGAGGCUAUUGAACAAUGAUUUAAACGUCUUGUUCUGCAUGAUUGAAGAUCACCCGUGGCUGGGUGUUUUACUUCCAUGAGCUUAUGAUGUUUGCGUGGCUUCUUCUGUAUGAAUGAGUUGAUGUGUCGAUUCAAAGUAGGAAAUUCUUUGAUGUUGCUUAGUGAUUUGCAAAUGAUUUGCAUCAAUCAUGGGUUACUUGAGGAAGUGGAACAAAUCUUCCUUAGCGUCCCGUCCUGUAUGAUGUAUCUGUAUGCCAUGUUUUUGAAAUCUGAAUCCCGUCCAGUUAGUGUCUCCUAGUGCGAAAGCAGCAUGUCUACAGGUUCCACCAAUUUGUGUAAAACCUUUGAAUCAUUUUGUCUUCUUGCAACUUCGACCGUUGUGAUGCUCGCCAUGGGCGUGGGAGUUACAUGAAUAAAACUUGACUGUUUGCGACAAUAUUCCUUCUUUGUGAAGCAGACAGGCACAACUAGAAGAUUCUCCUUCUGGACAUCUCUCUAAUUGUUUUGAGAGCGAAGUUGGAGUUUUGAACGAGAAUUUUGUGACGAGGAGAAUCGACCGCACCUUGUCUGGGAAUCGGAUUUCAGGCAGCUCACUGUCUACUGUCACUUAGUCUGCAAGGAUGUUACAAAUCGUCCGGAGCCGCUGAUGAGCGUAAAUUAUUCUUGUCAACAGUAUCACGAGUGACAGUGUGCAGACAACUGCGAAUAUCGGUACCGAGCAGCUCCCCCCCCCCCCCCACGACUUUUUCCGAGACGCUUCAGAAGACCCUUCCCCACAUUGUCUCCUCUCGACGCUCCCCCGCCGACUACUAGUACCGCCGCGAGUCCUCGACCACUUCCCCCACUACUCCUGCGGCUGCUUGUCCCGUCGCUGCCCCCUGCCUCACUUCCCCGGCGAGUGUAAAUCAUUCUUGACAACACAAUCACAAGUGACGGUGUGCGGACUGCUGUGGACGUUGGUUGACUGGAAAGUUUCUUGAUUGUGGUUGGUGCUUCAAAUCCAGCGCUACCUUGUUCGAUACGUCAGUUCGAUAACUCUCGCUUUGAUUGGCUGAAGAAUCACCUUCAAUUUCUUGAGCUCAAUUCAGAUUAGAAGGAGAACACUGAAGUCGAUGAGCUGGAUGUCUAUAAGUGACCUUGCCAAUGGGCGUACUUGGGAUUCCUUACCUUCAGAAAUACAAGAUUUGGUUCUGGCCCGUUUGGACCUAACCGAUCUGUACAAUGUCGUCCGAGUUUGCAGAAGCUUCCGGGAAGCACUAUUCCGGGACAGCUUCAAGCAAGCGCGCGCUCGUCUACACCCAUUAGAGUGCACUCUCAGUCCUUCACUGUUUUGUGUGGAGAGGAAUUGGUGGCACCUGUGGGGGUUUGAUUGGAAGGAUCACAGUUGGCGCAUGCUACCCCCGUUCACCUGCCCGAUUCCAGUCCCGGAUCCUGACUCGUUUAGAAAAUUUCCGGUUGCCGGUAAACAUGGUCUUAUCUGUGCGAAUAUGGGCAGGUCCUCUGAACCUGCGAAGCUGUAUAUCUUCAACCCUCUGACAGGAGAAGCGCAACAACUACCUUCUUUGAACUAUCCGCGCCACCCUGUUGUCAUAUCACUGCAGGUGACCACGCCUGGCAGAGCAGAUUUUCGAGUGAUCGCAGUUGGGAGUGCGGCAGUUGGAAAUGGGCACCUUUCCAGAAAAACAGAGGUGUACUGCUCAGUCAGUAGGCGAUGGGAAGUUGCUGGGGAUGUGCCGGGUGAGUUCUCCUUAAACGAAUACCAGACUGGAGUCUUCUGCGAGACUCAAAAUUUGUUGUUGUGCACAGGGUUCAUGGUGGACGGAAGGAAAGGAAUCCUGGCUUUCGACGUGGUAACAAGCGAGUGGCGAGCACGCUGGGUUUGUCCAUUUCUCAGUUUGCAUCUCAGGUCCCCUUCCUCAAGAGUUAUUGACCAGCUUGUGGAGUGCAACGGCGUGAUCUACCUUUUCUCCGAGCAAGUGACUGAUUUCUCCAUGCCAAUGAGUGCAUUCUCCGAGCAAGAGAGUCCCCGUUGUGUCACCCACUGCAUUGAUAAGCUUAACUUGUGGAGCGAAGAAGGGUACACAUGGACCAGGAGACUUACCAAGCAACUGUCGGCACGAAAAUCCGAAGAUCCGUCAGAACAUCCAAAAUUCACAUGUGUCCCAGUGGGGAAGCACAAUCUCUGCAUCUUCAACACAGACGAGCUAACUGGAAAAGUGUAUGAUAUGAGCAAAGAGACAGUCGACAUUUCUCACAAUGAAUCCUUACCGACACCUCCUCUACUUCGUAGAAGCGCCAUGAAUUGUUUGAACCUAGGUUGUUAUUUGCUCGGGGCUGUUCUGCCAGAUCUCAAGCCAGAUGAAGACGUGAAUAUAGCUUUGUAGUGUGGCAUGUUUGUAUUUUUGUGUUUACUUGUAGAGCAAUACAUGUGUGUGCAACACUUUUAUCAAAUGAUACACAUUUAGUGACACUUUAUACUUAGAAAACAAGGUUGUUUAUAACUUCUUAAGAAAUUAGGGUCUAUUUAGGGCUUGGUUAGGUUUUUUUAGAAUUUGAUAGGGUUUCUCUAAGAUUUUGUAUAGGUUGUUUUUAGAUUUUUUUUGAAGUUUAUUUAGGAUUUAUAAACUUCUAGGAUAUACAUCAUGGUUGUCAAAGAGUAAAAAAUUAAAGCCUACAAAUUCUUAUAA